CCAUCCAAUCGGGAGGAUCAGGAGGUACCACUCCCCAACUAGCAGCUGUACAACCACAGGGAGAUAGUGGAUCAAGGCGGGAGACAGUGCCCAUCAUUCUCUCAAACCAUUGAAGGGCAGAAGAUAGAAAGUGCAUCGUAAGGGACAUGUCCGCCGGAAACAAGAUUUCUGGGCCUCUGUUCGAGGACGAGGAGCAGGGUAUGAUCGCCGCCGAGGGGGCGGAGGCCAUGCAGGCCGAGUAUGACGAAGAUCAGGAAGAGGAAGAAGAAGACGAAAAUGAAGAAGCCGUUGGGGAUGCCAUGAUGGGCCAGGACGAUCUGGAAGAAUCCGAGUCGGCAUCAGAAUCGGGGACAGACUCCCUAACAUGGAUAUCCUGGUUCUGCUCACUGCCGGGACACGAAUACUUUGCAGAAGUCAGCGAGGACUUUAUCGAAGAUGACUUCAAUCUGACCGGGCUAAAUGCGCUGGUACCCUUCUAUCGCGAAGCUCUUGAGAUGAUUUUGGACGUUGAGCCACAAGAAGACUCUCCGAAGAUCCCAGAUGUCUCGAUUGUUGAGUCAUCAGCCGAGCUGUUAUAUGGGUUGAUUCAUCAGCGAUAUAUCCUUACGCGACAAGGCUUACAACAGAUGGUCGAAAAAUUCGAGAGUGGUCACUUUGGAUACUGCCCGCGGGUAUUCUGCCAUUCGCACCCAGUCCUUCCAUGCGGACGCUCGGACCUGCCAGGCUUGGACACUGUUAAGCUUUACUGUCCCAAUUGCUUCGACUGCUACGCCCCUCCAUCUUCCCGAUUCCACGGUGUCGAUGGCGCAUUCUUUGGGACAACAUUUCCGCACCUCCUUUUCCAAUGCUACCGCGACAUUGCACCCUCGCCCAUCGCGCCACCGGGGUCGAAUGAGAAAUCACUCAACCCGCUCCUGCCGUCGUCGCACUUUUCCGCCGUCGACGAGUCUGGCGUAGGCGCCAUGGGCGGCUUUCCGGACGGUCGCGGGAGCGACUCGCACAUGCCGCCGCACCUGGUUGGCCAAAAAGUACCGAAUGAGCGGCUCUACACGCCGCGCAUCUAUGGGUUCAGGGUCAGCGAGCACGCAAAGAGCGGUCCACGGAUGCGCUGGUUGCGCAUGCGCCCAGAGAGCUACGAUGAGCUCAUGAAAGGCCUCCCAGCGGGCUCGACGAACAAGCCUGCGACGGAUACCUUGGAUGUAUCGCCAGCAAGCAUUGGCAAUGGUGACGAAGCAUUAUCGCCCAGGGUGGAUGUUGCAGGGACAGUGGAGAAGUCUGACGCAAUGGCCAUCUCGGGAAGCGGGCGGUGAAGAGAGCCAUGCCGCAAUAGCUUUACUUUACCUUGACUUUCCACAUGUACUCGUACACUUCCCAUCUACACCUUUACACCCGAACUCACGGAGCAGCAUUGCAUCCAUUCUGCGGCCCAUAUCUUGGGAGUAAGGUGGAUCUGAAUUGAGUCGAUUUGUUGCCAGACGAAGCGACGAACGCGCCUUAGAA